AUGUGGUGUUGGUGUUCCAACGUUGUCAUCUCAGCACACGCCACACCAUGUUUCAAGGCUCUUGUUCUUCCCUCCGUCUCCGCCACCUCUCUUCCACAGAGCCGUCACCACGGCCACCGCCACCGCCAGGAACCAAUCACUGAGCAUCAAGUUGGGGAAAUAGGGCACGCCUUAACAGCGAAUCUCGAAUCCAAUUCAAAACCGGAAAAGCAAGAGAUGAGUGGGUCAGAUGUACUCUGGGCAUUGCAGAGAGCAACCUCUCAUAAGAAGAUUAUCAAGAACAAGAAAAAGAAGGAGCAUGAAUAUGAGCGUGGAAGGGAUUCAUCCUCUGCAGUCAGUUCCAUUGAACAAAAUUCUGUGGACUACCAUGUUCGACCACUAUGCGUAAAUCAACAUUGGGCCACUAAAUUGGAUGAACUGGAAAUUCGUCUUCGUGACCUUUCAGAUACCACUUGA